ACUCCAUGAUGCAGGACCUACAGGAGCUGAUGGGGAGUUUCACUGGGCCAGAUUGUCAUGUAACUCCAAAGGUGACUUGGGCAGAGAGGCAGACCUUGUUUGUACAAAACCGGGGGGAAAAGAGAGAGGCAAUGGUGGACAGCAUGCUCUCUCUGCUGAAGGUGCCGUGUUGGGCCAGUGUCAGUAUUGCAACAGUGAGGAUGCGGUUGUGUGGUGCAGAGAUUGGCUGCCCAGGCAUCUUCUCUGUGCCCCGUGUGACACAGCCACCCAAAGCACCAAGGUUUUUCACAACAAGGGAGUCUCUGUUUUAAGGGUUUUACUGCCCCUUGUCCCCAACCACAGUAAUUCAUCAGGAUGAUGAGGGAUUCCUUACCAAGGUGUGUCAAAAAUAUGUAGAACAAUUUAUUUGUGAUUCUUUGGUGUCACAUUUUGGUUUCUAGUUUGUAUUUUGCCCAUUUUGCCCACAGCAGUGUGUUUGCCCCUCCAGCUCCCCGACAGUGACGAGUGACAAGCAGGUCAUCCUGAUUGGAAUAAAAGGUAAGUCUGUGAUUUUAAAGGACUUUACUUCUAGUCACAUGUUUUUAAAGAAUGUAAUGAAUGACUUCCUAAUAAUGACUCCUGACUCAGGGCGCGACAACCUGUCCCUUCUUGCUCUGAACUGCUCCGGGGGUCUGAGACAUUGAGGCUGGCUGGAGGAUGAACUUGUAAAGAGUGGCUUCUGGCCAGCCACCGUGACUCACCAGACCACCGUGACUCACCAGGCCACCGUGACUCACCAGGCCACCGUGACUCACCAGACCAUCUUCACAGUGGACGGACCUCUUCAAGUCCUCUGAAGACAUGAAAGUGUUGGCCCCAGGAUGCUCCCGUCAAGCCUUUGUGGGAAUGAUU